AUGUACGUUUACGAUCAAAACAAAGAAGAGCAACCUGAGCCAGUUGAAGCAGAUGUAACUGGAACUCUUCCAGACUGGCUGCAAGGCACUUUGGUGCGUGUUGGUCCAGGUAUAUUUUCUGUGGGUGAGACAUCCUACAACCACUGGUUCGAUGGAAUGGCCUUAAUGCACAGCUUUACAAUUAAAAAUGGUGGAGUGAGUCAUCGAAGCAGGUAUCUCCGUGGGGACACCUAUAAAGCCAACAUGGAGGCCAAGAGAAUCGUCGUAUCUGAGAUGGGGACAAUGGCUUUCCCAGACCCUAGAAAGAACAUAUUUUCCAAGUUCAUUACCUUCCUCAACCACGCCGUCCCAGACUUUACAGAUAACUGUGUAGCGAAUAUAAUCAAAUAUGGGAAUGACUAUUAUGCCACCUCUGAAACCAACUACAUCAGAAAAAUUAAUCCAGAGACCUUGGAAACUCUGGACAAGGUGGACUACCUCAAAUACCUUCCUUUGAGCCUGGUGUCCUCCCAUCCACACUAUGAUAAAGAAGGAAAUGCCUACAACAUGGGCACAUCAAUUGGAGACAAGGCCAAGACCAAGUAUGUGAUACUCAAGGUUCCAGCAGGGACUAAUGCAGCGGACACCACUCCUGUCGUGAAGAACAUGGAAGCCGUCUGCUCAAUUCCCUCCCGUACCCUCCUCAGCCCCAGCUAUUACCAUAGCUUUGGCAUGACUGACAACUACUUUAUUUUCAUUGAGCAGCCCUUCAAAAUCGACAUCCUUAAGAUGGCUACAGCUUAUGUGCGAGGAGUUAACUGGGCUAGCUGCCUAAAAUUUAAUCCAGAGGAAAAUACUCUGAUUCAUCUUAUUGACAGAAAAUCAAAGAAAGAGGUGCUGACGAAGUACUACACUGGCGCUAUGGUUGUCUACCAUCAUGUGAAUGCAUUUGAAGAUGAUGGCCAUGUGGUGUUUGAUGUGAUUGCCUAUGAGGAUAACAGUCUGUAUGACAUGUUUCUCAUUGAUGAGUUGAAACAAAGAGUAAAGAACCCAGGGUCAUCCUCACACAAACCUUACAGUUCACCAAAAUGCAAGAGGUUUGUUCUACCACUCACUGAUAAGGCGUCUGAAAUAGGAGAGGACUUAGUGAAGCUGAAAUACACUACAGCCAGUGCUGUGAAAGAGAAAGAUGGAAAGUUGCUCUGCCAGCCAGAAGUUCUGUGUGGAGGUGUAGAACUACCCAGGAUAAAUUAUGAUUACAAUGGCAAGAAACACAGAUUCGUCUACCUGACAGGAGUGGAGAUGUCAGCAGUCGCCACAAAGAUUAUUAAGCUUGAUGUUGAGACAAAGGAAGUGCAAGAAUGGACUGCAGAAAACUGCUGGCCAUCUGAGGCUGUCUUCAUAGCCAGACCAAAUGCAGUUGAAGAAGAUGAUGGUGUGGUCCUAACAUCUGUGAUAAAUAACGAGGAGGGGGAACAAGGAUUUUUACUUGUCCUUGAUGCAAAGACUUUGAAAGAGAUUGCAAGGGCCCAUGUAAAAGCAGCACUGCACAUGGACAUGCAUGGACACUUCAUCCCACAGAGCAGUUAA